GGGUUUUUCACAAUUUUUUCUAGAAUCUUGUUAGAUUUAGGGGUUAUCUGUUGUUGUUGUUGUUGAUGAUGAUGAUGUUGUUGUAACUACUUGUGUACUCCUUGUUAUUGAAUCUUUUUGACAAAUUUAGUGAAUUUAUCUUGAACUCACAAAAAAGUUGAGAACUUUUGAUUGAAUGGGUUGGUGAAUUUUUAUGUAAAUUAAAUUCUUGAAAUAUAAAAAUGUCAUCUUGUUUAAGUUCAAGAGCUUGUGGGUUUGAUGUUGAGCAUAUGCUAAAAUGGCCAUGUACUAUUAUGUCAAGUAGAACAACCUCAAAUUCAUCCUCUCCAUCUUCAACUUUAUCAGAAUCUAGCAAUUCCCCAAUAGGAAUCUCUACACGAAAGCCACGGACACCGCGAAAAAGACCUAAUCAAACUUACAAUGAAGCAGCUGCUCUGCUUUCCAUGGCUUGUCCCAACAUUUUUAGCACCAAAUAUCUCACUAAAAGAACCACUAACUUGCCCAAUAUUACUAGACUACACCUUAAUGAGGAACCAGAAUUGAUUUGGUCAUUUCAGGCAGUAGAGAACUCUGGGUUUCUACUCGGGCCACGAGUUAUAGAAAAGCCCGGUUUAGUGACCGGGCCAAAGGUUGUGAGUUUAAGCCCGAAUGCAGGGGAAGGGGAAACCGACCCGAGUUGUGUUUGUGUGGAUUUGAGUGAUGAGUGUCUUGAUGAUUUUGAUACUGAGUCACUUCUUGAUGAGGAAAUUGAACUAGGGAUUGAUAGUAUAAUGGGUGAUUCAAAAUUGAAUGAAGAAAAUAAUGAAUUAGGUAAUAACAUUGCUUAUGAUUACAACACUUGUUAUGGGUAUCCAGUUGGACUAGGAUUUGGGUUAGUAAAUGGAGUGAGGGCAUUGCGAAAAGGCGGUGAACGGAGUUGGUGUAGCGUUCCAUUGGUGAACGUGGUGAAUUUAUCGACCUCCGUGGUUAUGACAAAAGGUGAGAAAUCGGCUGUUGGAAAGAAAAUGAAGAAGAAGAAAGUAGAGAACUUGAUGAAAUUGGAAAAAGGGAAUGUGAAGCCCGAAAAUGGGCAUGGGUUAGGGCUAAAAUUGAACUACGACGAUGUUUUGAAUGCUUGGUCGGAUAAAGAGUUGCCGAUGCCCGAGGAACUUUCACAGUCCUCGUCUUCGGGGGUUGAUAUCAAUGCAAGAGCGGCUAAGAUUGAUUUGUUCUCCGAAAACGGUGGGUGGAGCGAAUCAGGUGCAACGGGGCGUUGUAUGGACAAAAAGAAAAUCAGGCAUCAAGUCAAAAAUGCCGUCCCGGAUAAACGGCCCAGAUGCAAGGGACGCUUUGUGAAAAAGACAAACCAUGCCGCUUGCAACGAGGAAACGUGAAGUAAAAAAAAUCAGGAAAUUAGAGGGGGAAUGCUUGUUCGGCCACUACUUAGGUUUCAAUAGAAGGCACGUACAAGAGAUGGACUAAGCUUUUGGUACAUUCAUGUACAUGAUCAUAGAAGAUCGAUAUGCAACUUUUGAAAGAAAAGUAUGUAUAUAUUAUAUCUAUAUAUAGAUUAUGACUGGAAGAAGUGACACCCUUAUGUAAUCUAGAAUAGCUCAAAAUUCUUUCUAGAUUAUGUAAUUUUGUUGUUGGAUGUUUCCUUCCUUUAAAGUUUAAAACAUUUCUAUGA